AUGUCUGCUCAGGACCGCUUCCAUGUCGCCUCCUCCGCGGACGCCGUCCGUAUCGAGGAGGAGUAUGCUGCUCACAACUAUCACCCCCUGCCCGUCGUCUUCGCCCGCGCUCAGGGCGUCAACGUCUGGGACCCGGAGGGUAAGCAGUACCUCGACUUCCUCUCGGCUUACAGCGCCGUCAACCAGGGUCACUGUCACCCCGAGCUGGUCAAGGCCCUGACCGAGCAGGCCAGCCGUCUGACCCUCAGCUCCCGCGCUUUUCAUAACGACGUCUUCCCCCGAUGGGCCGAGAAGGUCCGUCAGACCUUUGGCUACGACAUGGUCCUGCCCAUGAACACGGGUGCCGAGGCCGUCGAGACCGCCAUCAAGAUCGCCCGCAAGUGGGCUUACAAGAUGACUGCCGUCACCCUGUCCACCGACCCUGAGUCCAAGGAAAACUACGGUCCCUUUGUCCCCAACAUUGGCUCCGCCUGCCCCCAGACUGGCCGGGUGAUCCGCUACAACAACGUCGAGGACCUCGAGGCUGUCCUGGAGAAGAACGGCAAGGACACGGCCGCCUUCAUCGUCGAGCCCAUCCAGGGUGAGGCCGGUGUGGUGGUACCCGACGCCGACUACCUGCCGAAGGUCCAGGCCCUCUGCAAGAAGCACAACGUCCUCUUCAUCUGCGAUGAGAUCCAGACGGGCAUUGCGCGCACGGGCCGCAUGCUCUGCUCUCAGUGGGCCGGCAUCAAGCCCGACAUGAUCACGCUCGGCAAGGCCAUCUCGGGCGGCAUGUACCCCGUCAGCUGCGUCCUCAGCUCCAAGGACGUCAUGCUCGUCGUCGAGCCGGGCACCCACGGCUCCACCUACGGAGGCAACCCCCUGGGCUGCGCCGUGUCCAUCCGCGCCCUCGAGCUCAUCGAGGAGGAGAAGAUGACGGAGAAGGCCGAGAAGCUGGGAAAGGUGUUCCGCGACGGCAUCACGGCCAUCGGCUCCCCUAUAAUCAAGCUGGUCCGCGGAAAGGGUCUCCUCAACGCCAUCGUCAUCGACGAGUCGGCCGCCUCUGGCCGCACCGCCUGGGACCUGUGCCUCCUGCUCAAGAGCAAGGGUCUCCUGGCCAAGCCCACGCACGGCGACAUCAUCCGCUUCGCCCCUCCCCUCGUCAUCACCGAGGCCGAGCUCAAGAAGGGUCUCGGCAUGAUCGCCGAGGCCGUCGAGGAGCUCCCCACUGUUGAGAAGGCCAGCCACUAA